AUGCCUGCACCUGUCAUCAAUACCAGCGGCGUGGACGUCUGGACGGACCUGCUGAUCGCCUGCCUCGUGGUCUUCGUGGUGCUGGCGCCGGCGUUCAUCUUCCGGGUGCCGGAGGACGCCGAAGCGGCUGCGUCUCCGAAGGCCUCCACGCCCGCGCGAGCCUCCAUCUACUACCACAGCCGCGGCAGCGACUCGCGCGCAGAAGCCUACCGUCGACGAUCCGAGGUGCAACAGAGACCGAGCGGGAGUCGCGCGCCCGACAUCGCCAGCAAACCCGUCACCACCACCACGAGCAAGACUGCGGCGCCAUCGCAGAAGAAGGCGCUGUGA